UUACUAAUGAUAUGCAGCCAUUUGGGCAGUAACAGCUAAGAGAAGUCCACUAAAACAUUUCCCUGUGCGCUGGAAAGAGCAAAAGAAGAGUAGAAUUGAAGUGAAGUUUCAUUCCAUGAUGAAGAGCCUCCUCAUCUUCACCCUCUCACUAAUAUCAGGUCCAGUGGGCUGUGUUGUGACUGGAUACACAGGAGGAAGCAUCAUUAUAAUCUCUGAUCUAAAAUGGGAUUUCAGAUAUAUUAGAUAUAUUUGUAAGAAAGAAAGAACAUCAUGCACUGAUAUAAUACGUACUGACACCACAAAGAAUUCUGUUCAAGAGGGAAGAUUCAUGCUGUAUGAAAAUACAGGAGGAUUUGUGACAGUUUUAAUCAGGGGUCUGGAGCCACAGGAUGCUGGAACAUACAGAAUGGGAGUAGGAAGUUGGUUGAGUACUGAUGUGACACUGACAGCUACUAAUGAUUCUUGUUGUCCUGGGCCAAAAACAAUGCAUGCUUUUCCUGGACAGAAUAUCAGCAUCAUCUCUAACUAUCCUGCGGUAUAUGACAGACACUACAAGUAUAUCAUGAAACUUGACAAUGGCAGUGUUUUAAAUGACAUUGUAGAUACUCACACCCAAUCCCAGAACAACAGAUUCUCCAUUUCUGAUGACAGAAAUGCUAAAGUUCUCGGUCUGAGCAUCAGUAAUGUGACAGAAGCUGAUGAUGGAGUUUAUUUAUGUGGAGUCUUCAACAGAAUGAACUCAGUAGAGUAUUUUUCCUUCUUCACAGAGAUUCAGCUGCAUGUUAGAGCCAAAUCAUGGACAGAAAUCUCAUCUGAUAGAAAGAAUUUCACCGAAGCACCGAUAGAAAUCUCAUCUGAGAGUGCAUAUUUCAGUCACUCUAAUAUCAUCAUCAUCAUUAUCAUCAGUGUGUGUGUCUGUGUGACUCUGCUGCUGACUGGAGGAUUUACACUGCUGAUGAUCUACAAACUGAGACAGAAAGGAACACAAGGUUCAAGACCUUCAUCCCAAGACAAUGGACAUGCUUCUUCUGUUUAUGAGAAUGACCUGCCUAAUUUACCACCAUAUGAAAACUUGAACAUGAAAAUGAGAUCCAAUCAUCAGAAUCUGGAUUCAUCUACAAACCAGUCAGAUUCAACAUACCAGACACUGGACCCACUCACCAACCAAUCAGAUUCAGGCUACAUGUCUCUGAGUAACACCACCGACCAAUCACAUUCACACUACCAGUGCCUGAAUCCAAGAACUCAGGUGAACUCAGUUUACCAGACCCUUCAGUCUUAAUGCUUUACUUUUAUAUUCUUUUUAUUAUGGUGUAAGGUUAUUAAUUGACAUGUAGUUGUUGGCAAAUUGCUAUGAUAUAGGUUUGAGCAUGUUGUUAAUGGGAAGUCAUCACCUCAGGGUGGUAAUAGUUACACCCUAUAAUUCAUUAUUUUUCAAUAACAGCACCCUUCAUUGUUUUUUAUUUUAUACUUAACAAACUGUUUUUAUGUUAUCAGUGUAACCUGUAAAAUGUUAUGUAAUGCAAAAAAAAAAAAAAAAAAUGCUGUACGCAUCAUCUAUAUGUGAAUAAAAUUUUAGUGACAUACAUUUUAGCUCAGUAAUCAAGGUUCAUGUGAACAGUUCUACAUCCAAAUCAUUGCUUUUAAUGCUUCAUCAUAUGACAGUGUUCUUGUAUCAAUUAAUCUAUAAAACAGCAGAAGGAAUUUCAUACAGACUUAAUUGUUUAAGGAUAGAUGUAGCUGCAUGUUUUACAAAAUAAAAUAAAACAAAUAAAUGAAUGAAUAAAUGAAUAAAUAAAUAAACUGGCAGUAGAAGGAGCUCUAA